AUUCAGGCAGUGCGUUGGAUAGCAACAACUUCGGAGGUCCCCAGAUUGCCUAGGGAGACGUGGAUAUGAGUGGCGCCCGGCGGUUCCUGGCACAGUGGAGGAAGUCGUGCCAUCCCACGGGGUUGGUUUGUGUUCUAGAUUCAUCCCGACACCACCAUGUCGAAGGUUUCUUUUAAGAUAACGCUGACGUCGGAUCCGCGGCUGCCGUACAAAGUACUCAGCGUUCCUGAAAGUACACCUUUCACAGCAGUCUUAAAGUUUGCAGCAGAAGAAUUUAAAGUUCCUGCUGCAACAAGUGCCAUUAUUACCAAUGAUGGAAUAGGAAUAAAUCCUGCACAGACUGCUGGAAAUGUUUUUCUAAAACAUGGUUCAGAACUGCGGAUUAUUCCUAGAGAUCGUGUUGGAAGUUGUUAAUAUCUGCUAUUUGGAACAUACAGUUGCCUUUCAGAAUAAAUAUUGGUAUUUUUUGUUGUUGUAAAAUUGAAAUCAGGCAUGUAACAUACUAUGAAAACACAAGAGUCAAUGAGUAUUGAAAGGUGACUCAUCUGUCCCUUUUUGUUGUCCAUACUCUUCAUGUGAAGAGGGAAUGUGUAUGAAUUAAGGGUACUACCAUCACAGACGAUCAUACAGUCUUUGAUUGCUACCUCACAACACAAACAGGUAGUUUGUUGGGGGUAAAUGAAUUAGCUAACUGUGUUAACUGGAAGCUUCUGAUAAUUUUUUAGAGAACAAUUCGGAACAUUAAAAUUUACUGAAUCUUAUAUAUUCAUUUGAGUUAAAAAUAUAAAAAGAAUUUUGGAUCAGGGCCAGGUGCGGUGGCUCACGCCUAUAAUCCCAGCACUGUGGGAGGCCGAGGUGAGUGGAUCACUAGGUCAAGAGAUCAAGACCAUCCUGGUCAACAUGGUGAAGCCCCAUCUCUACUAAAAAUACAAAAAUUAGCUGGGCAUGGUGGCGCAACCUGUAGUCCCAGAUACUGGGGAGGCUGAGGCAGGAGAAUUGCUUGAACCCAGGAGGCUGAGGUUGCGGUGAGCCGAGAUCACGCCAUUGCAUGCCAGCCUGGGUAAUAAGAGCGAAACUCCAUCUCAAAAAAAAAAAAGAAAAAAGAAUUUUGGAUCAUGGAUAUCAAUUUGAUUGAUAGAAUCUGAUUUGUGGACUCAGUUUAAUUUUUAAUUAAAUCUGUAGGUUAUGAUGAAGUCAGUAGUCAUAUCAGUGAACAGUUAACUAUAUUAAAUUUUUAUCAUUUACUUUUUUUAAGAUUCAAACCUCAUGUGCUAUAUAAACUAUGGUUUAAUAUCAACGAAAAAUAAAAUUUUAACUAACCUUUAUGUGUAUAAAUUGAUGUCCCAUUCCAGGUUUUAAUGGUGGACUUGAGGAAUCCAGUACUAGUAAUGGUGGGAAUUCACAAUACAUUUGCUGAGUUUUACAUUCCUUUAUCAAUCUCUUUUGAUACAACUUUUAAAACAAGUGUCUUCAAGAAACUAUUGGUGUUUUGAGGGGAGUAUUUCUAAAGAACAGGAAGAGAGUAUAUUACAUAGAAGAUCUGAAGAUCAAAAAAACAGCUCAAGGAAAUGCAGAUCAGAAGUGCUGAUGAGAUCUCUUUACUGAAGACCCAACUUUUAAGGCGGUGCUAAGAUGAGUCACCCAUGUGAAUAAGAAGCCAGGAAAGGAAAGAUGGGGAAGCCCAGAUCACCAGGCUUCUGGGAAGCAGCAAAGCAACAGAGGAAGACAGUGAAGGGGAACAGAAAGGUGUAGCAGAGUCUUACAGAAAAACCUACUGGAUAGACACAACUGCAGAAGGCAUAUGUUGGGGAGAAACUGAAAGGGAAAAUAGUCUUAAGUAGUAGAAGGCAGUUAGAGAAAGAGUAUCUACUGGCAUUGUCAACAUACAGAUGUCAAAAUACCCCUUAUGAGAAUCCAAAGAAUGAUGUGUGUAUGGGAAGAUUGUAUCUGCCCUUCCAGAAGAAAUCAGUAUCUAUGCAAAUCUUGAAAGAUGAAAUUAAAGCUCGUACUGAUUCAGAAUCAGUGCUUGACCUGCUGUAUUGUGAAUGGUGAACUCUGGAAGCAGGGAUCGUGUUUGGCUCUUCAGAGCUAGAAAUGUUGUGGCUUUCAUUAAAUAUUUGCUGUAAAGUCUCUCUUAAGACCAAUUAUUAUCUUGGCAUGUUUCAGUAUCUUCUCUAUCAUAGGCCCUAGAUUCAUUGGGGGGAAACAAAAUAGAAGAAAAUUCAUCAGAUUCAGCAUUUGAAGUGUGCCAUUGGUAGUUUAUGAAAUUACCAGAUAUUUGUAAAUGUGACGAACAGCAGGAUUAUGAAUUAUCCAAGGGAGAAAAAAUGCUGAGGUGAAAAAAAAUCUGAUGUCUGAGGAAGUUUUUAUUUUUAUAAACAAAAUCUGAUGUUCAAAGGCCCUUGCUUCUUACCAUAAAUAAUGAGCCUCAGUUAACCAGAAAUUUAUGAAUAUUCAUUAUUUCCUGACUUUAUGAUUUAAUUUAGAUUUUUCUCCACUCUGUUUCUAGCACAAGUUUGCCUGCUGUGUUGCAGAAAUAAAUUUAUGCUGUCCUGUGCCGUAAAGUUAUAUAUUUAAUAUUUUUAUUCUUUGGUUUUGGAAAAUUAUAUUGUAAGUUCCGAAAAACAUUUUAUUAAACAACUAAACAUUUUGUUAUUAAAUGUGAUCUAUAAUUCUUUAUGCAGAAUGUGAUUUGAAGUAUUUAGUUGACAUGCAUUAUUGGUUCAUAAUUAAUAUCUAAUGAAAAUACAUUUUGUUAUAUUGUAAA